GUCGGUGAACGGCUCGAGGGCCGAGGUCGGACCGGACGUCGCCUCAAAGCUGAGCAGUUUGUUCGCCGGACUUCCUAGUUUGGCGGGUCCCCAGCGCCUCGCCACUACCCUCAGGCAGAGAUUCGCCAACAACUCCGGUUACCCCCGGCCCGGCCUGAUGCGCGCCGCCCCAAUCGCGACGAUUCCUUCGUCACGUCAUCUACGUCUACUCCCAAGAUCGCAUCAAGUGAUCGCGAUUAGUUCCUCUUGCUAGACCCUGACUUGGAAGACUAGGCUCUUUGCACGUGGCUGCUGUUGAAACGGCCGGCGGAUACCUAAAUCGACCACCAUGACGACGAUACCGAUACUCAACAUUGAGCUGGGCGAGCUGAAGGAGCUCGUGUGGAUGAAGUUGCAGGAGCCGAAGGCUCAACGGAAGCUCGUUCUGAUUAUCGUCUCGAUAGCGCUGCUGCUCGAUAACAUGCUGUACAUGGUGAUCGUGCCGAUCAUACCCGACUACCUGAAAUACGUCGGCGCGUUCGGCGACGUGAAGGAAGAGGUGAACGCGACCGGGCCGCCGAAGCAUCACGGCCAGGAUUCAGCGACCGGUGUGUUGUUCGCGUCGAAGGCCAUCGUUCAGCUGAUGGUGAACCCGUUCUCCGGUGCGUUGAUCGACAGGAUCGGCUACGACAUACCGAUGAUGAUAGGACUCUGCAUAAUGUUCCUGUCCACCGCUGUUUUCGCCUGCGGCCGUAGCUACAGCGUCCUGUUCUUCGCCAGGAGCCUUCAGGGAGUGGGUUCCGCGUUCGCGGACACCAGCGGCCUGGCAAUGAUCGCCGAUCGUUACACGGAGGAGUCGGAGCGGUCCAAGGCGCUCGGUAUCGCGUUGGCGUUCAUCAGUUUCGGCUGUUUGGUCGCGCCGCCGUUCGGCGGUGCUCUCUAUCAGUUCGCCGGCAAGGAGGUGCCGUUUCUGAUACUCGCCUUCAUCAGCCUCGCCGACGGUGUGAUGCUUCUGCUGGUGAUGAAACCGUUGAGGGAGCAGGUGUUCGACAGCAAACAGUACGAGCAGAAACAGACGAUACCGAUCUGGCGUUUGCUGAUGGACCCUUACAUCGCCGUGUGCGCCGGCGCUCUGAUGAUGUCGAACGUCGCGUUGGCCUUCCUCGAGCCGACCAUCUCGCUGUGGAUGGAGGACAACAUAACGCGCGACAACUGGAAAAUGGGGAUGAUCUGGCUGCCGGCGUUCUUCCCUCACGUGUUCGGCGUCGUGAUAACCGUCCGCAUGUCCAAACGUUACCCGCAACAACAGUGGCUGAUGGCCGCCUCCGGCCUGGCGUUGGAAGGCCUGUGCUGCUUCAUAAUACCGUUCUGCACGUCGUACGAGGUCCUCAUGAUACCGCUGUGCGGCAUUUGUUUCGGCAUAGCCCUCAUCGACACCGCACUGCUGCCGACCCUCGGCUACCUGGUGGACGUGAGAUACGUCUCCGUUUACGGUAGCAUCUACGCCAUCGCCGACAUCUCGUACAGCGUGGCGUACGCGGUCGGACCUAUCAUAGCCGGCGGUGUCGUCGAGGCGAUCGGUUUCACGGCCCUGAACGUCGGCAUAGCCUUCUCCAAUCUGCUGUACGCCCCGGUGUUGAUGUACCUGAGGCACAUCUACGACUUCAAGCCGUUCCAGGACGAGGCGGACGUGCUCAUGCAGAAUCCACCGGACAAGGAGUAUCAGACGUACGUGUUGCAGGAGCAGAGGCCGCUGACUGGCGAGGUGGGCAACCACCUGAAUCAAACGCGCAUGGAGACGAACGUGGAUCAAGGUGGUUACGAUCAGAAUUACCAGGCUGGACAGGCGUACGAUCAGAGCGGUUACGGGCAGAAUGUCAACGCCGGUGGAUACACGAUGCAGGCUUCGGCAACCGGUUACGAGCAACCGCCGAUGUACGAGCAACCGGCCAAUUACGGGCAACAGCAGCAGCCACCUGUCGGUUACGCUCAGCAGAGACCUUACGGUCAAGAGACGCAGGCAGCAGGUCAGACGGACGUGAAUCCAUUCAGGAGAGCACCUGCCAACGUGGAGCAGAAGCCAGCCGGCGAUAGCAAUCCAUUCAGACAAGGGAUGUAUUAACGCGGUCGCACCGGAUCGCACAGUUUAUCGGGUAUUCGUGAUCGUUCGCCGAGUCGAGAAUCCGCGUAUCACGAAUAUCGUGAAAUAGUCUUCGAGAUAGGCUUCCAGUUGUCCAGAAGAAUGUUAUACCCGUCGCACAUACGCGCCAUCGACGCCAUCCUCUGGCAAUUAACGACGGCCGCCUGAGCGUUUACCUUCACAUUCGCGUGACGGUCUCGCCCAAGUGCAUCGACGACGUCGUCGGUUCCUCUGGUUACGAAUGAUCGAAAAGGGGGGGCCCGUGACGACUUCCAGAAUGAUUACUCCGAGGUAUCAACCACAUGGGUAGAUUACUUUGGAGGGUACACCGCGAAGUUCUAUGCUCGUAUAUAUAUAUAUGUAUCGAUAUUCAACGAUGGUCUUGGGAUCAUUCGGAAGUGGUAGUGUCGGAGAAUGUAUAUCGAUCUUACGGAUUAGUGUCUUACAUGUUUGAGGAGCGAUUCUAUCUUUUCCUUUCUUCUCUUUUCUGUUUUC